CAAGAUAACUAUCAUGAGGCGGUGCAGCAGCACGACAACAACCGCCAUGAUUACAUAAACUAGCUAAUGUUAGCUAGCUAGCCGGCUACUAGCUGAGAGCAUAUCGACGGCGGGGAGAGAACACGUAAACAAAUAAAACAGGCCAUGUGACACACUCACCCGCCGUUUUGGGUUCCACAAAAUGACAUCAAUGUCCUGUCAAACGGAAUUCGUGCUCUCAGUGCAAAAGAUGAUGGGUAAACACUCGAUUAGCUUCGCUCAGCCUCUCUCCCCUUCGGUGUCUGUUGCUAGCAUCUGCUCGGACAUGUCUCUGUGUUUCCGCCUCCGGUAACAGUGUUUAAUUCACAGAACCACAAGAAGGCGCCAGAUACCAACACAUGAACACAUAUCCAGUCAAAAUGUCCAAGUGCUGGUGCUGCCUGCCACCACCACCGCACCUGUCCGGCCUUCUACAUCUCCAUUAGAGAGUUUCUUCAUGGGAGGCAUCAAAGUUAUCUGCGGAGUGAAAAGCCUGCUGCUUCAGCUUCAUGACCAAACCUGAACACUCACUGGAGACUCCAUCCUUCCAUAGGUUCACUUUCAUCUUGGAGAAGUUUAUCCAGACUGUUCACAGGAAAACUUUGACUUGCAGCAUAUUAACAAGAAGACCUAAGUAAAGGGAAACAAACUACCACCUAGAUCCAGGAAAGAGGACUGAAAAACCAGCAGACUCUCCUGAUUGUCUGCUCCCAAGAGUCUUUCCCCAAAAGCUCAUUGCUUCAACUGACUAUGUGUCAUAAAAGGAAGUCAACACACAAGCAAAGAUGAACCCUUAUGUCACCUCACACUUCAGGAGGGAUCUUUUUCCCCAUUUUUAUUUGUUGUAGGAUUUUGUUUGCCAUGCUGCUGGAUAAAAUGGCUUUUACUAUAUAAUCACAGUUAUAGGAAUCGCUUUUGUUUUUCAGUUCAUUUAGUACUCACCGCAGAGCAGGGUUAUAGAUGAACGAUUGAUUGUUUCCACUGUUAUACACUGGAUGUGCAUACUCUUGAGAAUCUGUCAGGAUUCAUUUAUAAAGUUCUCUGGAAAUGGUUGGGCAAGGUAAAUACUUAAAGUAUAAGCAUAACCUUUUUAUUGCCAGGUGUUUACAAUCCUCUAUUGUUUAAAAUUGUUUCCACCUAUUAAGGAAUUAUGCAUGCUUAUGCAAGCUUUGUAGAUGUUAUUCAUGGUACACUUAAAGUUUCUCUUGCAUCGAUAUGAAAUAAUCUUUAAUUUUUGUAUGCAGAAAGUUUCUCUUAUGUUCAGGUAGCCUCUGGGAUCUGGUUCAAACAGAGACCCCGAGUAAAGACUACAAUCUCAAACCAAGUGCAUACAUUCUUCUCAGUUGUACUCCUGAUCUCUCCACUUUGGCACCAAACUUCUGUGAAAUUGUAGAAAACUUUCACAGGUGACAUGUGAGCUUAACUUUUCUCUCCUUAUAAAUCUUACAUAUUUAACUAUGAACAUGAUUAAGGUCAGAGUUGAAUCAAAGUAAUCUCUGUUGUUUUCUUCCCUUCUUAUCUUUUGUCAGGCAUUGAUGAUUUGUCAGCUGUAAUAAUGAGCUCACAUGAGGUAUGUCUGCUCUGAAAGACUAACUGUUGCAGGUGAUUGCAAACAGCAGUGUAGUUAAGGUCAGUUUUAUCCUCUCAGUACGCAAAAAAAGUGUUAACCAAAUUGACAAUGGCCAUCAAACGGAUAAGUAGACCUUUAAAAAGAAAAAGUGAAGUAGUUAAAGCAGUAACAUGAGUGAACUGGAAAUGGCAAUCCAAAAGUUAUUAUAUCAAUUGGCACCUUCAAGACAGGCAAAAAUGUUUCCUUGACUUGUGAAGGCAACUUAUAGCAAGUUGAGUAUAGCUUAAGUCUGUUAAAAGAGAUGAAACUGCUUACAAAAUUGUGUCUACAGUAUUUAUUGCUUUGAUGUACUGAAAGUACUGUGUUCUUUAUUUCCUCAUGCCCAUGCCAAGAGGUUGUGAACAUGGAAAAUUGUAAGAUUUGGCAUGAUUUAUUUUCCCUUUUUGACUGCAUGAAUAUGUUAUUACAUUGUCCAAUUUAGAUGUCUGUCCUGUUUGCAUCUUGUCAAAAUAUUGUGUAAGAUACCCUGCAAUGAGCUCUAUAUCCUUUACAUAGUAACAUCUGUGCCCGUACAGUUCUAUUGCAUAUUGAGUUCAUAGUUUUUGUGAACUGGUGCCUGCUGGAGGCUUCCCUUUUUGUUUUCGACUGAAAAAAAUUAUCCUGCAUGCUUUUGUGAUGAUGUUUGAGAUCAAUCCUCCCAUAUCAGUCCUUGUCAACCUUCCCUCAAUCUUGGGCUCACAGGUAUAGACUCCUUUGAUUUCCAUUGACUUCCUUCUUUUCAGCUUUACUCACAUUACUUCUGUGAGUUUUAUUUAAGGAAUUGGAUUGUUAAUUAUUGCAUCUCUGGAACUAAUUCAAGAAAGCAUAGCUUUUGUUGAGGAAUCUAUCUCUGUAAAAAGAUACUGUCCUUGAAAUCAGCACUACAAGUUGGUGUAAGAACAAGUGAUUGAACAAUGGCCUUGGAGGGAACUAGGCUCUGGUUAUCACCAGACACUAUGGACUUGCUGUUAUCUUUGGAUUAACACAGAUUGAAAGACCAUCCUUUCCCAAAACAUUUAAAUUGACUGUAUCAAGUUACUUAAAAAAACAAGAACAAUCAAAUCAAGGCACACUGAGGAAUACCAAGGAUCUCCUUCAUUGGAGCUAACAAAACUUGAAAGUGCAUGAUGGGAGCGGCACGUGUUAAACGCCGCUUCAGUGCGGUGGUUGAUGGGCCAGUGGAGGAAGAGGAGGUCAUGAGGCUGGCACAGAGUGCUGCAGACACGGCUGGAGCAGGGGGGAGUCCAACAGGGUCAGGGACCCCAACAAGCCCCUCCCCGACCCAUGCCCUGAACGGCAAAACUCUACCUCUUCAGACCAACACCAACAAUGCACGGAGGCAGAGCGCAAUUGGAGAGCCAGUUGGGGGAGAUGCAGGAGAAGGCGGGGUGAGAGCAGGGGGAAUAUGCUCUGGGAUAAAGAGUGGAAAAGGCAGUAAUGUAGGAGGAAGAGGGAAAGGCUGGCCUUCUUCGAAUCAGGAUUCUCUCUCUUCCCCCUCCACUGCCAGCCGCCGGCGCAACAGGCGCUCAAGCCGCCGGCCCCGACAACGCUUUGUGGGCAAGGACGGACGCUGCAACGUCACCUUUGUCAACAUGAGCGAAAGGGGCCAGCGUUACCUCAGUGACCUUUUUACCACCUGUGUGGACAUCCGCUGGCGGUGGAUGCUGGUCAUCUUCACCCUCUCCUUUCUUCUCUCCUGGCUGCUCUUUGGAUUUGCUUUCUGGCUUAUUGCCUCUGCACAUGGGGACCUCUCCAUCCGACUUAAACCAAGCUCGGAUUCCUCUCCAGGAUCAGGAGAGACCGGGUCUGGUGUAGAGUCUGAUAGAAAGGCUGUGGUUGAGGAGCCAUGCUUCUUCCAGGUGAACAGCUUCAUGGCGGCCUUUCUAUUCUCCUUGGAGACACAGACAUCCAUCGGUUACGGAUUCAGAAGCGUGACCGAAGAAUGUCCCCUGGCGGUGAUGGCGGUCGUUUUGCAGUGCAUUGUGGGCUGCAUUAUUGACGCCUUCAUCAUCGGGGCAGUCAUGGCAAAGAUUGCCAAGCCCAAGAAGCGCAACGAGACUUUGGUGUUCUCUGAAACAGCUGUGGUGGCGUUAAGGGAUGGAAAGCUCUGCAUGAUGUGGAGGGUUGGAAACCUACGCAAGAGCCACCUGGUAGAGGCACAUGUACGAGCACAACUGCUGAAACCCAGGGUGACAGAUGAGGGAGAGUUCCUCCCACUGGACAAUGCUGACAUCAACGUGGGUUUCGACACCGGCACAGAUCGCAUCUUCUUGGUCUCUCCAGUGACAAUUGUACACGAAAUCAAUGAGGAAUCACCCUUCUUCGAGAUCGACCAAAAGACACUGGAGAAUGACUCUGAGAUGGAGGUGGUGGUCAUACUCGAGGGCAUGGUGGAGGCCACAGCCAUGACGACACAGUGCCGUAGCUCCUAUCUGACAUCUGAAAUCCUCUGGGGACAUCGAUUUGAACCAGUGCUCUUUGAGAGGAAAGACUGCUACCAGGUGGACUACUCGUUCUUUCAUCGAACUUAUGAAAUUCCAAAUACACCUUCGUGCAGCGCUAAAGAGCUGGCUGAACAGAAAUAUGCUGAAAGCUCACACUCCUCAUUCUGCUAUGAGAAUGAAGUGGCUCUGCAACUUGUCUCCCCUGAUGAUGAGCCUGACCAAGAUCCUGAGAGACCUUCACCUCCAACACGAAGGCCAUCCCUGGCAGAACAUCUCCACUACAACUAAACCUGUCAGAUAGGAGGUCAUGGGUAGAACAGACAGGAAGUUGAGCAAUUUAGCUGAGGAACAGGCAUAAAGAGAAAGACAGAAAGGUGGAAACCGGCUGAGAAAGAGGCAGGAUAAAACAUAGGUAGGGCAUGAAGUGUGUCAGUGUCAGAAUAGAGGGAAGGAAGAGUCAUGGUUAAUCAUUAUUUCAUAGUAAUGAAAAAAAGACCAGAAUUGGGAGCAAGUCAAGAGAUAGGGUUGAAUUUUUUGAAAGUGUGCAAAUUUUAGAUGAGAUGAGAUCAGGCUGCACAGGGUAUUUGACAGGAAGUAGAAAGACAAACAGUAGAGAGUUUUGAGUCAGUCUAAAUGUGGAAGCAACUAGUUGUCUGAUUGGUCCUGGCAGUCUUUCAGAAUCAUUAAGAAAUAGUCUGCCAAGUCUCACAGCUGGCCCAUCACUACCACAACAUGCCGCAUCGUCUCCAAUGCCUGACCGGCAGAAUAUGCAACAGCACCCCAUGGUGUCUAUAAACUGUAACUGCACCUUCAAGUUUCAUGAUCUGCAGGACUUCUUAACCUCUGUUUUGGGGAGCGUCUAUAUGAAAUGAAUGGUAUUGUACCUGCUGAGGUACAACUCAGGAAUGUAUUCCACUCUAAGGCUGAUUUAUCAUUUUAUUGCUUUAUUUUCUUAUGGUAAGUAUGGAUAGUGCACAUUUCUUUUGAUACUUUGGGUGUCUGAUCAGAGUCUAGUUGGUCAUUAUUAGGCUAGGCUGUGUCUAGAGCCAAAAUAGAGCAACAGUAACAUGAAGAAACAGCUGAAAACUAGCAGCGGUUCCCAGCGGUUUCCAUUCAGUGUUAUGUGUUGAAUGUUGUUUGAUUUUUGGCUUUUCUGUCAUGCUAAAUUAUGUUCACAAAUUGUAACACUUGCUUUAUAUAACAUAUUGUGUUGAGUUGAAUACCACUUGAUCAAAGCAUUUUUUUGAUCAGAGCAUUUUAUUGCUAGUCAUUUUCAAGCCACUGCAGAUGAAGAAUGUUAUAUCCAGACCAGUUAAACACCAUACAUUGUUUCCUGUGCUACUAUCUACAGCAUCUUUUCAUGUUCUGAGUAUCUAAAAUCAAUCUGUUGUUUGCUUUAUUACAUUUGGAUAUUUUAAGUGUCUUGGUUCCUGGAGGGCCCUUGACAGUAUGGGCUGAAUUAAGAGUAAAUGGAGUUUGUUCACAUAAACUUUGUACAUGAAGUGGAGGCCUUUAGUCACCUCCAGCUCUAACUUUCAUAGAAAACUACUCUGUAUUUUUAUGGCCACACACUCAUGUGACACCCUUCUCUUAAUCUGGUGUUUUACAGUUGGUUUCUCUCACAAGUUGUAAGAGCAGUGUAGUUAGUGGUGCCUUUAUGACAGACCAGAGAUCCUGCAACUGCCACUUCAUCUUCAGCAUUUAACUUCAUGUUUAAAUUGAUAACAACUCUCCCAAUACAAUGUGAACUUUGGCAGUAUGCUGUGAAAAGUUAUAACUAAUUAUAGGGGUUCUGCUUGUUAAGUGAGUAAGCAUCAGUAUCAGUAUGAACAUGCACCAAUAACAUAAUGAAGCGUUUAUCUGAUUUGUCUGUAAUAGUUGCACUUUGUAGUUUUGUUGAAAGACACCUGGAAUGUUCCUGUCUGUUUCAACUCUUGUUGCAGUAAAUUAUGCCAUCUGAGUA